GCCGCGUGGGUGGGACGUCUUCGCGCGCUCUGAAUUUCCCGCGAAAAUUUACGUCUACGUACAUCUUCAAUUUUCCAGUUAACACGUUAUGAGAUGAAACGCUCUUGUUCACCGUACGCCGUAAAUGCUAUGUUAAUGUGCGACGUUUAUUGAUUGUAUCUCACUCAGUGUAAUAAAGCUUUCAGUGAUACAUUUGUACUUGAAAUUAAGGGUUGUGUUCGGAUUUUGUUUAUCUACAUCUGCAGAUAUACAAAGUUUGUGAAGUGUAACAAGUGUUCAUGCGACCGCUAGCAAUAACGGUGUAGUGUAGCGAAUGUGGUACCACAUUUGAUCGCGCUGGCGUGGUACGGGGGCGGCGGCGGCAUGCAGGCCGGCGGCGGCUGGUUCGUGCCGUGGACGAUGGGCGUGCAGAAGUUCGCUGUGGCACUGCCGAUGGGCGGCGUUGUGCCGUUAGUGCCGCCGCUGUUAGCGGCACUGCCGCCCGCGCCGCCGCCGCUGCGGCUGAUCGCGCCGCCGCCACUGCCGCAUCAGGGGCAGCCGGGCAGAAAGGGAGAAAAGGACAACGGAAAAAACUGCAUACUCUCGUGUGAAAAGCGAAAAGCGGACGACACCGAUCUCAACAAGGAUCUCAAAAAGGCUAAGUUGGAGACCAAGGCUCUGAAAGCAAAGCGGCCCGGCUUUACAGAUGAUCGUUACAACGAGACCUCGUACUACAUGGAAAAUGGCCUCAGGAAAGUUUAUCCGUACUACUUCACGUUCACGACGUUCACAAAAGGGAGGUGGGUCGGCGAGAAGAUCCUGGAUGUGUUUGCACGGGAGUUCAGGGCGCAUCCCGCUGCUGAGUACGAACGGUGCAUCAGGGCUGGCACCCUCACCGUCAACUACGAACGGGUGGACCCCGACUAUCGGCUCAAGCACAAUGACCUCUUGGCUAACGUCGUCCAUAGGCACGAAGUACCGGUCACCAGCCAACCCAUCACCCUCGUACAUAUCGAUGAGGACAUUGUGGUUGUCAACAAACCGGCCUCUAUCCCCGUUCACCCGUGCGGCAGGUACCGGCACAAUACCGUCGUCUUCAUCCUGGCUAAGGAGUACAACCUCAAGAACUUGAGGACCAUACACAGGCUGGACAGGCUAACGUCAGGGCUUCUGCUUUUUGGACGGAGUCCUAAGAAAGCGAGGCAGAUGGAACAUCAGAUCAGGAACAGGCAGGUGCAGAAGGAGUACGUUUGCAGGGUAGAUGGAGAGUUCCCAGAUGAAGAAAUCGAAUGCACAGAGCCAAUAGAGGUGGUGAGCUACAAGAUCGGAGUGUGCAAGGUCUCUCCCAAGGGCAAGGACUGCUCCACCGUGUUCAAGAGGCUGGGCUACAAUGUGGCCUCCAACACCAGUGUGGUGCUGUGCCGGCCGAAGACUGGCAGGAUGCACCAGAUUAGGGUCCAUCUGCAGUAUCUGGGCUACCCAGUAGUCAACGACCCUCUCUACAACCAUCCGGUGUUCGGGCCCCUACGCGGCAAAGGUGGCGACACAGGCGGCAAGACCGACGAGCAGCUGGUGCGAGACCUCAUCGCCAUCCACAACGCCGAAAACUGGCUGGGAGUGGAUGCGGCAGAUGAUGACCUGCUGUUCUCUAAGCCCGCUUCAGAUGAUAAAGUGGAAGACGACUGCGACACCGGGCCGGCAUCAAGGGAGUCGUCGCCGCGGCUGGAAUCCCCGGCGCCCGGGGUCACCCCCUCGACCAUCAUGACACCGACUCUGCCAAGCCCUUCAAGCGGGGCAGAGGCGCCCUUGGAAGUGGCCUCGCCCUGCGCCCUGGCGCCGUCUCCCGCGACCUCGCCUGCUCUCAACGAGGACUCCAACGAUGCCAAGUCAGACAAAGUGACGGUAGCGACCCAAACCGGCUGCAACCCGGUCGCGACCAGCUCGGCCGCCGCCCCUGCCGGGUCCACUGAUGCUCUGACCUCCGACCCUCACUGCUACGAGUGCCGCGUGAGGUACCGGGACCCGCGCCCGCGCGAUCUGGUCAUGUACUUGCACGCUUGGAAGUACAAGGGCCCCGGCUGGGAGUACGAGACGGAGCUGCCCCAAUGGGCGAGCGUGACCUGGGAAGAGCCGGACAGCUCAUAGUUGGAAGGGACCGCGCCCGGUUGGCCUCGCCUCGCCUCGCUACACGUCUCUCCCAGGAAAAAAAUGACCAGACUCCAUACUUACACGAUGUAUCGAUAGAUGUCGAGGAAUGUGAAGAUUUUGAUGUGAAGAUGGUUUUAAGAAAUGAUUGGGAAAAUACUUUUGAAAAUGAUAAAGGAAGUGGAAACUAUGUUCCAGGUAACUAAAUUUUUAGUGACUUGUAUUCUUUCAAUAGUAAUCAUAAUAUUAUUGCAAUUUAAAAUGAUCUUCACAUUAAAAACAACGUAAAGAUACAUCUAAAAGAUUAAAGUCAUACGAUAGGAGAAUUCCUUGGCAUGACCAAUUUUAAAAGACAUUAUAAUUUCGAUAUUUGUAAUUUAAAUAAAAUUGAUGAUUCCUCAAAAUUUUAUCAGGAUGAAAAAUCAUUUGAUAUUAUGAAUGAAAAAUUUGCUAUCGUACAAUCAUUGUAUGAAAAUAUUUUAAUGGGAUGUAUUAAUGUGCGAGGCGUUAAAAUCGAAGGCGAUUUUAGCAGUCACUGGGCUGUUUACAAUGACUUACAGUUUCGGAUGUAAGUUUGUAAAAUAAGUGAGAGUUAGUUUAAGGAUAGAUUAUUUUUCUGCAUUGUUUUAGUUGCACGUUCUUCGACGUUUUCUGUUUCUAGUUAUUAAAAAUUUUGUAGUUUUUAUAUAGCACCCAUUGGUUUGACUUUAACUAUUACUUUUUUAUUUAGUGGAGUAACUUAUAAGUCCCACUCGGAUAUGUCACUUACCGUUGUAUCAUGAUGGUUGUUGGCCUUGGCAUUAUUUUAUUAGC